AAGUUGCUGCGCAGCCAGGACCCGUAUUUCCGGCUGUGUUCGGCAGUUAGCAGCAGACGUUAGCCGCAGCGCGGAGCUGAUUGAAUCCCUCGGACGCUGCGCGGCUCCCCGGCCUCCUCUGCCAGGUGGAUCCGCCUGAAGCCGCUCUUCUCUCGGCCUUGCUCCGCCUGCUGAGCGCUAACGCGGCGGCUUGUCGACCUUCAGCCGCCAGUCCUUCCAGCUAGCAUCGAGCUAACAGCUAGCUUCCUGCUGAUGAAAACAUCGCGAGGAAAACUUCGCUGACAGGUUCCAGGGACUUCAUCUGUGGACGGUUCUGCUGGAACUGGACCAGAGUUCAUGAAGCAGACCAGAACCAUGCCGACCUAGGAACCGAUUCAGGAGCUCCAGAGUCCUGCUGCCGUUGCGACAUGUCGGAGAACCAGGCCAACAACAAUGUUCCCCUGAACAACAACAACAUGGGGCCCAACAGGAUCCGGAACCCCAACAUCAACCAGAACCCGCUCAUCAACGUCCGGGACCGGCUCUUCCACGCCCUCUUCUUCAAGAUGGCCGUCACCUACGCCCGCCUCUUCCCGCCCUCCUUCAGGAGAGUCUUUGAGUUCUUCGUCCUGCUCAAGGCGCUCUUCGUCCUCUUCAUCCUCGCCUACAUCCACAUCGCCUUCUCACGCUCCCCCAUCAACUGCCUGGAGGCGGUGAGGGACCGCUGGCCGCGGGACGGCAUCCUGAGGGUGGAGAUCCAGAGGAACUCCAGCCGCGCCGCCGUCUACCUGCAGCACUACGACUCCUCCGUCUUCCAGGAGGAGGAGGAGGAGCGAGGAAGAGGAGGAGGGGUGGUGGCUGGGGUCAGCCUGGGAGGAGACGAGGAAGAGGAGGAGGAGAUGACGGUGUUUGACAACAGCUCAGUGCAGUUCGAGCUGGACAUAGAGCCGCGCCUGAAGCCGUCGCUCGCGGCCGGAGGUUCUGGAGCGGCCGGGUCCAACGCCAGCCAGGACGUGGCGUUCAGCGCCGCCUCUAAAGGUAUGCAGCCGCUGCGGGACUCAGUGUCCGAGCUGGAGAUGAUGACCAGAGCAGUGUGGCCGCAGGACGAGUACAUGGUGGAGUACUCGCUGGAGUACGGCUUCCUGCGCCUGUCCCAGAGCACCAGGCAGAGACUCAACAUCCCCGUCAUGGUCGUCACGCUGGAUCCCACCAAGGACGAGUGCUUCGGAGACGGCUUCAGCCGCUUCCUGCUCGACGAGUUCCUGGGCUACGACGACAUCCUGAUGUCCAGCGUGAAGGCGCUGGCUGAGAACGAGGAGAACAAAGGCUUCCUGAGGAACGUGGUGUCUGGAGAACAUUACCGCUUUGUCAGCAUGUGGAUGGCCCGCACGUCCUACGUGGCAGCCUUCGUCAUCAUGGUCAUCUUCGUAAGUUGCUCCGCCUUCGUCAUCAUGGUCAUCUUCACGCUGUCGGUCUCCAUGCUGCUGCGAUACUCCCACCACCAGAUCUUCGUCUUCAUCGUGGACCUUCUUCAGAUGUUGGAGAUGAACAUGACCAUCGGCUUCCCAGCAGCCCCUCUGCUCACCGUCAUCCUGGCUCUGGUUGGCAUGGAGGCCAUCAUGUCGGAGUUCUUCAACGACACGACCACGGCGUUCUACAUCAUCCUGAUCGUCUGGUUGGCCGACCAGUACGACGCCAUCUGCUGCCACACCAACACCAGCAAACGCCACUGGCUGCGGUUCUUCUAUCUGUACCACUUCGCUUUCUACGCCUACCAUUACCGCUUCAACGGGCAGUACAGCAGCCUGGCUCUGGUCACUUCCUGGCUCUUCAUCCAGCACUCGAUGAUCUACUUCUUCCACCACUAUGAGCUUCCUGCCAUCCUGCAGCAGAUUCGGAUCCAGGAGAUGCUGUUACAGAACCAGCAGGCGGGUCAGAACCAGACGGCUCUUCAGGAUAAUCUCAACAACAACACUGCAGCUGCAGGUGCCGGCGCCGGCCCCGCCCCCGCCGGAGCCAGCCAAUCAGGAGAGGCUGGUAGCGACCCACUUCAGGGGGACCCGCCGCUCCCCUCAUCCUCGGCAGCGGUCGGGGCGGGGGAGGUCAGGGCGGAGCUAAACUGGGUCGCUCAGACAGCCGCCAUCAUCACCGAGGCGCUCGGCUCCUCCAGCGACUCGGGAGGAGGAGGAGGAGGAGGAGGAGGAGGAGGUCAGGGACCAGUAGGAGCAGAGAUCAGCGUGGAGUUCUGGAUGGGAGGAGGAGGAGGAGCAGAAACUGGAGCAUCGGCAGGUGGAGCUCCUGACGUCGUUUCAUUGGAUGUUAAAGCUGCAGUGGGCGGAGCCGAAACGACACCUGGAGACGGCAGGUGCCAGGGGGAGGAGCUCGUCCAAAAGGUGGAGCCUUCAGAUGUCUCUGCCCCUCCUACGGACUGCCCCGCCCCCCAGAGUGCAGGUACAGACUGCGGGUCACCUGAGCAACAGAGCUCCGCCCCCCUCGGCACGUCGUGAGUUUCUGCUGACAUCAUCAUGUCACCUGGAUAACAGCUGAUCGAUCGUUGAGCCGACAGAAAAACAGUCCAAGCGGCACUUUACUUCCACAUAAUCCAAUUAAUUCAUGAACUGAUUGAUCAAUUAACUAAUCAAAGACGUGUUCGGUGGGUCGGUUCCCUCCUGAUGCUCGGCAGGUUGAUGUGAAGAGGUUUCAGGUGUGCUGUUUGGUUGCACAGGUGAGCUGCGGUUCUGUUCGCUGUGACCCGUCUGGAAAGCCGAAUGGAGGUGUUGCUGAUGAGUAGGCCUGAAUGUUUCCCUCUUAACUCUGAUUAAACCAGCUUUCUGACCCUAGGAACGAUUGAUUAGGUUCUGAUUACAACCCACAACCACCAAUUGAACUCGUUAAAUCUGCUUUUAUUUUGGAGGGAGAACAGGAAGCUGCUGUUAGACCUAUUGAUCAGGCUGAUCAAACAAAAUCAGCAGCGGAGCGAUAUGAUUGGUUGUGCUAAUGCUCAGGCUCCGCCUCUCAGUUGAGGGCGUGGCCCGUCAUCAUGUCCCGCUUUGAGCAUCAGGCCGAGUCAUCUGCAUGAGCUCACCUGUUCAGAACCGGGAAUCCAGAACCAGAACCUCACUGACGCCUCAUCCUUUCAUUUUCUAUGUCCUGAUUCCUCUGCUUCCAACAGCCGCCCUGAAGGGGGCGGAGCCUUGCAGGAGGAGGGGCCUGGCCUAGUACCUGUACCUGGCCGUGGGACUAUGGACGGGGUUGGGGGCGUUUCUUCUUCGUGCCUCUCCGCUGGAUGACUGUAGCUUGUUAGAACCUAUUUAAAGCCGUGGAACCAGUGGAACCUGCAGAACACGUGAGGCUCCUGCAGCCUGAACUGGGUCAGAGCUGUGAGUCACCUGUAGGUUCAAAAUAAAGGAGUUGUGAAAUAAA